GGAAUGUGAAGCAUGCAGGGCACCGUCACCGGGAUCCGGUGCCACGGGCGCCUUCUCCUCUGCCUGUCCGGCUUCCACCACCCGCCGGGCGCGGGAAGCCCGCCGGGUGUCGCCGGGAGGGAAGGGAAGGCGGUGCAAAGAGGGAGUCCGGCGGCUUGAGCGGCUGAAGGUGUCGGUGCUUAGGAAAGAGCAGCGACUGGCCUCGACCCACCGGCUGUGGAUUCGUAUUGGGGGGUCAGACACGUCUUCACCCAGAAAAAAACUGGGGUUCAAUGUUCCACCAAGUGAGAAGAGUGAUGACCAUCCUUUUCUUUACUAUGGUUAUCUCAUACUUCACUUGCAUGAAAGCUGCCCCAAUGAAAGAAGCUAGUCUAAGAGGACAAGGCAGCUUGGCUUACCCAGGUCUUCGGACCCACGGGACUCUUGAGAGCCUAAAUGGGCCCAGUGCUGGUUCAAGAGGACUGACAUCGUUGGCAGAUACUUUUGAACAUGUCAUAGAGGAGCUUCUAGAUGAGGACCAGGACAUCCAGCCCAGUGAGGGAAACAAGGAUGCAGACUUGUAUACAUCCCGAGUCAUGCUAAGCAGUCAAGUGCCUUUGGAACCCCCACUGCUCUUUCUGCUCGAGGAGUACAAAAACUACUUGGAUGCUGCAAACAUGUCCAUGAGAGUCCGGCGCCACUCUGAUCCAGCUCGCCGUGGGGAACUGAGUGUAUGUGACAGCACGAGUGAGUGGGUGACAGCAGCAGAGAAAAAGACUGCAGUGGACAUGUCUGGGGCAACUGUCACAGUCCUGGAAAAAGUUCCAGUACCCAAAGGCCAGCUGAAGCAAUACUUCUAUGAGACCAAAUGCAACCCUAAGGGGUACACAAAGGAGGGCUGCAGGGGCAUAGACAAGAGGCACUGGAACUCCCAGUGCCGAACUACCCAGUCUUACGUGAGAGCUCUCACCAUGGAUAAUAAAAAGAGAGUUGGCUGGCGCUUUAUAAGGAUAGACACUUCUUGUGUAUGUACGUUAACCAUUAAAAGGGGAAGAUAGUGGAUUCAUGUUGUAUAGAUUAUAUUGAGACAAAAUUAUCUAUUUGUAUAUAUACAUAACAGGGUAAAUUAUUCGGUAAAAAAUAAUUUUAUGGACUGCAUGUAUGACUGAAGUUUAUACAGUACAGUGGUUACACAGUCUAUUUAUUGAACAUAUCCAUGACCAGAAGGGGAACAAAAGUCAUUUGCGCACAAGUUUAAACAAACAAACAAA